UGAAUGAUGUCAUGGGAUCUGCAGUUCAGCGAGAUGAAAGGGAUAAAGCAGAGCCCGCUGGCACUAGGAAAAGCUUCCAGCACAAUCCACAGCACAGCUUGGGAACCGCCAGAGCUGCGGAUCCGGCCACCCAGCCCCGGCCUGGAGAAACCACCGGCAGCGCUAGGAUGCAAAGACUCAGAGCACAACAACGUGAUCCACAUUUCACAAAAGAAUGCGUGCCCCGGGAGGCGGGAGGGCAGCUGCCUACCUGCUGAAUGUGAACUUUCUGGAUAUCCUUGCAUAUAUAUAAGCUCAGCCCUGCCUUUGAUGUUCAGCAGCCGAUCACUGAUCAGAUUACAGGCAUUUCAUCUCCCUGCUCCUCUGCCUUUGAUCUGCAUGGUUAAUUUCAUUUUCCUGGAUUUGCAGUUUCGUCUGGGCUUGUGCUGACACACAUUUUUGGGGAGGUGGAAGCAUUUGGCAUGGAACGGCUGCCAAGCAGACUACGCUGCCCAAGGGUGCGUUCUGGGAAGAGCGGGCAGUUGCAGAACCCUGCUGGCAUAUAUUUGAUCAGAGCAAUGGCUUUCAGAGUACUGCAAGAACGAGCGAAAACAUUCCUCACCAUUCUCCUUUUCCUGGGCUGUCUGCCAUGUAAAGUGAUUUGUGAAACUGGAGACUGCAGACAACAAGAAUUCAGAGAUGACUCUGGGAACUGUGUUCUGUGCAAACCCUGCGGGCCCGGGAUGGAGCUGUCUAAGGAAUGUGGCUUCGGCUAUGGGGAAGAUGCACAGUGUGUGACAUGCCGGCCGCACCGGUUCAAGGAGGACUGGGGCUUCCAGAAGUGCAAGUCGUGCCUGGAUUGUGCGCUACUGAACCGCUUCCAGAAGGCCAACUGCUCGGUCACCAGCGAUGCUGUCUGCGGGGACUGUUUGCCAGGAUUUUACAGGAAAACUAAACUUGUCGGUUUUCAAGACAUGGAGUGUGUGCCCUGUGGAGACCCACCUCCUCCCUACGAGCCGCACUGUACCAGCAAGGUCAACCUUGUGAAGAUUGCGUCCACAGCCUCCAGCCCUCGGGACACAGCCCUGGCCGCGGUCAUCUGCAGUGCUCUGGCCACCGUGCUGCUGGCCCUCCUCAUCCUCUGCGUCAUCUACUGUAAAAGGCAGUUCAUGGAAAAGAAACCCAGCUGUGAGUUUGCAGUCCUGCAUAGUUUCUCCCUGUUUGAGUGA